AGAGGCCCCGCCCCCGAGUCAGCACGUUACGUUGUAUUUUCCCUGCUGGUACUACAGUACUGUUCUUUGCCAUUCUGACCAACCUUUCAAAUCUCAUCAAUUUGUGGAGUAAAUUUGGGCGUCAUUAGCUCAUCACAGUACAGUUGGGAGUAACGUCGCCCAUCCUUUGCUACACCGACUCCUCGACUUACAGUCUCUGACUGUCACAUCCCCCCUCGGAUUUCUCAUCUCUAAAUCCCCCAAAACAUUCAAACUAUGGAAAGACCGGAUCUUAUUACCAUGGCCAAGCUGGCGGAGCAGGCUGAGCGCUACGACGACAUGGCCGAGUCCAUGAAGGGAGUUACAGAGAUGGGAGUCGAGCUGUCAAACGAGGAGAGGAACCUGCUGUCCGUCGCCUACAAAAACGUGGUUGGGGCGAGGCGAUCCGCAUGGAGGGUGAUGUCCAGCAUCGGAAUGAAGGCCGAGAAUUGUGAGAAGAAGCAGCAGACGGUUAAGGAGUAUCGGGAGAAGGUGGAGAAGGAGCUGAAAGAGAUUUGUGAAAACGUUUUGGGUCUGCUGGAUAAUCAUUUAAUUGGAAAUGCCUCAAAUUCUGAGAGCAAAGUCUUCUAUCUUAAGAUGAAGGGGGAUUACUAUAGAUACCUUGCUGAAGUUGCCAGUGGAGAUGAAAAAACAAAGAUCAUUGACGACUCACAGCAAGCAUACGAGGAAGCAUUGAAAAUCAGCCAGUCAGACAUGGAUCCCACACACCCCAUCCGCUUGGGUUUGGCCCUCAACUUCUCUGUCUUCUACUACGAGAUCCUCAACUCCCCAGAGAAGGCCUGCGAGUUGGCUAAAAAGGCAUUUGAUGAAGCCAUUGCCGAGCUGGACCAGCUAAAUGAGGAGUCCUACAAAGACAGCACUCUAAUCAUGCAGCUCCUCAGAGACAACCUGACAUUAUGGACAUCGGACAACGCUGCUGAGGAAGGCGAUGCUGGAGAAGCAGGAGAGGGCGGCGAGAAUGAGAAUUAGAAGACAAGUCCUCAACGUUUUGGGUCAUCUCAGAAAACAAGAAAAGGAAAAAAAAACUUUUUACACAUCCUUCAUUCCUUAUUGCUCCACUCAAACAUUCUACCAAUGAAACCCAUUGCUGAAAAGAGUUGUGUGAGUAAAUAUAUAUUAAAAAAAUGAUUUUCACACUGUAGAUUUGGACAAGUGGUUGAAAAGAGAAGCCUUCCAUUCCUAUGAUUUGUGUUUUAUCCUGGCCUUCUCAUUUGUGCAGUUUCAGCUGUAGAAAAAAGAUUGCUAGCUUGACAUGAUCUUGGACUCCUGGCUCAGUUUAAAAGGCAGAAAAACGUACGCCCCUAUGAUUGAACAACUGGAAACUUAACUCCCAUCGAUUGAGAGGGUUGUCGAUAUUUUUUCAAUGAGAAAUGUGAUACAAAAACUAGUUGCCCCAUCACCUUUUUAGUGUGUCUGUCUCUACACAGUUUUGUGGUACGGUUACAGCAGCUGAAGUUCAAAUACAAACAGUAAUUCAUACUGCAGGGAAAGCUAGUGCACUUUACAUGCUGGCAACAAAAACUACAAUACAGCCAAUAGUGCCAAUUGGUAAAAUCCUCACUUUCUGCCCUGGUUAUGAUGCCACUCUUUCACUAAAGCAUGCCUGUUUGGGGAAUGGGGGAAUGGUGGAAUGGUGGGAUUCAUCAGACCAAACGCAGGGAUCAUUUUAAUGGGAGGAAAAAAAAUUCUGUCAUGCAUGUGUUUUGAGAUAUUACACUGGAAUGGGAACAAAUGCUGUAACAUACACAAGUCCAAGUGUCAAGUUCAGUCAUUUCAAUGCAGGUUUGUACACACCCAAUAAGAGGGUGCUUUGUUAGUCUGUCCAGUGAUUUUUUCAUUAGAGAUUUGGACCACUAUUGUUUUACUAUUCAUUCAAUUGUAGUCCCUAAAUGCCUUGUGGAACUGUUUGAAUCCCUAUGUAUCAACUAUGUUAACAUGAAUAAACAUUUUAUAAACCA